CAGUAGCGGUAGUAUAGAAACAGAGGCACACAACAACUCGGUAGAUUUUGUAUCGUUGUUAUCGUACAAUUGCUGUCCUGGUUAUAUGCCUAAUGAUGAAGUGCAUUAUUGUCAAGCAUGUCCCGAGAAUACGUUUGGACUUGGUUGUCGUGGUGAGUGUCAAUGUCAAAGUGGCGCUACAUGUAGCCCCCUCGACGGAUCUUGUGUAUGCCCAGCCGGUUGGACAGGGACAUAUUGCGAGAGGACAUGUCCUGAAGGUUUCUAUGGAGACGGGUGCAUGCAUUCGUGCCUUGAUUGCGGCCCAUACAGCUUCUGUGACCAUGUCGAUGGCCACUGUAUCUGUCAUCCGGGCUUCGGUGGCCAUUCGUGUACCGAAAAAUGUAGCGGAGAAUCAUGUGGGGAAAUGUGUGAGUUGUGUCCGGAAAAGUGCGGUUACGAUACAUGCUGUGAUAUGCAUAUUAACGCUUGUAUAUGUGGUCCUGGUUGGAAAGGACGCUACUGCACAGAACCGUGUGAAAUAGGAACAUUCGGAGUAUCAUGUAACCAUAGUUGCCAAUGUGAACAUGAUGCGAUCUGUUUGCAUGAGAAUGGCACAUGCUUGUGUAUGCCAGGCUGGAAGGGACAAUUUUGCAGCGAACCAUGUGAACAGGGCUUCUACGGAAAUCAAUGCUUAGAGAAAUGUAUCUGUCCAAAUAAUGCUACCUGUGAUCACGUGACAGGGGUAUGUCAUUGCGAAGGUGACUGGCAGGGUUCAAGGUGUAAUGAAGUCAGCUACUGUAAACCAGGUGGAAAUUGCCAACCAGCCAACGGAACGUGUAUAGCCGAUGAAGAACCACCAUUUUUAGAGACCAACCCGCCCAUUAAAAUUGGUAUUGCAGUUGCUGCAGGCGCCGUUACAUUUCUGUUUCUUGUUGUGUUUGCCGUUUACUGUAUGAAAAGAACUAGAGUUCAACCACGCUCCUUUAGUAUGGAAACGAAGCUACCCUUAUUCUCCAAUGGUCCACAGCCACCACCACGGCCAGCUGAAACGAGACCAUUCAACAACGAACCUGUAUACGAUUCCAUUGGUGAAGAUGAACCUUAUCUAGAAAUUAUCGAUAAUAAACCAUCGGGUAUCUACAAUCCUGAAUACAUAAUAUCCGGCGGUGAAGGUUACCUGAUUCCAAGUAAAAGACCCGAAAUGGCGGACCAUGAAGAUACAAUGAGUCAAAAUGACAUUUCGACUGCAAGUCAUUCAGCCGGUAGCUCGUCGUCGUCGUCGUUCAGCUCUGGAAGCAGUUUCGACGGAACUGAUUGAUUUAGCACUUUCGAAAGAGAAUAAACUUCCGAUAUAUGAAUUAACAUUCCCAUUUAUGUCAUAAAGUUAAAUCGCUAAUAUUAGUAUGAUCUUAUCUAAGCUUUUCUGUCUAUGACUGAGCCUUUAGCCUCAUCUCUUCAGGCGCGCAUGUUGACGUCAGAAUGUAGGCCUACCGUACGUAAUACUCCUGUAAACAAAGUCUUGACAUCAAACAUUUAAGUGUUAAUUAACGUUUAACUUGGUUGCUAUAGGAUUUACACUAAUGUACAUAGUUAAUUUAUUCCAGGAAAAAUUAUCUUAUUAUUACUGUAUCACACUUGAGUUUAUAGACUCCAGACGUUUUCUACAAUUGUUUUCAGACGUUUUGAAAUAAACUGACUAGAAAUGUACUAAAAAAACACUUUAAUUCAAUUAUGUGCGGAACAGAAUACGGCACUUAAGUAGUAUGCUUUAAUAUAUGGAUUUAUAUGCUAAAUCGGAAUGAUAUAAACAAUGUUGCAACUUUUUGAUGUUCUUUAAUAACAUCUUGAGGUGGUAUUGGUUUUCAAUUAAAAAAAAUUAAAAGAUUAACUGAAGUCUCUUCCUUACGGACUUUCUACUGGCACUCAUUGGAUGUGUUCUAAGAUUAAACUGUAACCGUUACCGACGCCUCUUCACGUGAUAUGUUAUUAUUAUUAUAUAGCUAUUAUUACUAGCAUUGCUAUCCUGUUUUUGCACUGAUCACGCUACGCAGAAUAAAGAAGAAAAUAAAUCAAAUAAAAUACAAUAUAAACCUCUAAUAUAAAAUAUGUUACACCUUCCACAAUACAGUAAUUUUUUAUGAAUAUGAGCUAAUAUGGGCUAUACUUUAAAUAAAUUGUAACACUACUACCACCCAUUUGUUUUUUAAUUUAAUGAUUUAAGGAAACACUCCAUCGACAAAACCUAAUCACUAUAGAUCUCUAUUUAUUUUAAUAAAUAUAAUUUCGCAUUGAUAAUUGUUUUCUAUUAUUAUUAUUAAUGUUAACAGUUCUGCUAACAGAAUAUUGGUCAUUGACGUAAAUUGAUUACGUUGACACUUUAGCAAAGCGAGACAGUUGGACUAAUUAUAUUAAAUAGUAUUAUUUAGGCCUAUAUUAUUAAUAUGGAGAAAUAAGUAAAUAUAUAAGAACCAGGGUACUUUUCUAUUCUACAAUUAACAAUCAGUGUCAUUAUCACCGUCAUUUUGCUGUUCAUUAAUAUUUUAUAUCAUUAACUAGGCCUAUGACAUUUUUAUACAUUUUACACGUGUUUUAUUAUUCAUGUCUCCUUUUGCAUGAAUUCAACGGUUUCCAAUCAAAAGUAUGUAUACACAUGGAUAAUAAAUUAUCUUUGUGCAGAUAUUGUGUUUAUUUAUCUAAAACGAACGGCGGAAUCCAUCCGGCGAAAAUAAAAAGUUUGAGUUAAUUUUUCAACGUGCUCUGAGAUAAUUUUCGAAUUACAUUACAAGAUCUUGAAAAUAUUAUAAUAUGAUCGCAAUGGCCACUAGCUACAACUUAACUAUUGUAGACGAAAAUAUAAAAACGCUUGAUACGAUAUACAAUCAUCACAAUGGUGUGUAUUUUAAUUACUAUUCUGUAAUAUUCAUAAAUCUUUCUUGAUUGUGUCGAUUUUUUUUACAGUAAGUCAAUAAAAGAGUCAAAAUAUCUA